AUUUGGCAGCUUGCGCCUUCCCGCCCUAGCCGUCUGGGCGUUUGCCACGCCCCGGGCCGCCUGUCACGUCUUGCCCCGGCGCUCCAGGCUGCUCCCUCGCGCCUCCACACGCCCCUCCUUUCACGGGUUUCUUUGGGAGCCGGGGCCCCGCCCGUUUCCCGUCUCCGGGCCCCUAUUCGUCCCCGCCCUAGCCCGCCCCUCUCCUUCGCGCCCCUGCUGCUGUUGCUGCUGCAGCUGCUGUGGCUGCUGCAGGCGGUGGCUCCAUGUUGUCCCCUCAGCGAGCGGUAGCGGCUGCCUCGAGAGGAGCAGGUGAUGCCAUGGAGAGCGGAAGGCCUGGGCCAGUACAAGUCGUUUUGGUUCACAAAGACCAACAUUCCUUUGAGCUAGAAGAGAAAGCCCUGGCCAGCAUCCUCCUCCAGGACCACAUCCGAGACCUCGAUGUAGUGGUGGUGUCUGUGGCUGGUGCCUUCCGCAAGGGCAAGUCCUUUAUUCUGGACUUCAUGCUUCGGUAUUUAUAUUCUCAGAAGGAAGGCGGUCAUUCAAAUUGGUUGGGUGACCCAGAAGAACCAUUAACAGGAUUUUCAUGGAGAGGAGGUUCUGACCCAGAAACUACUGGGAUUCAGAUCUGGAGUGAAGUUUUCACUGUGGAAAAGCCAGGUGGGAAGAAGGUUGCAGUUGUUCUGAUGGAUACCCAAGGGGCGUUUGACAGUCAGUCAACUGUGAAAGACUGUGCCACCAUCUUCGCUCUCAGUACCAUGACUAGUUCUGUUCAGAUAUACAAUUUGUCCCAGAACAUUCAGGAAGAUGAUCUUCAACAGCUGCAGCUCUUCACAGAAUAUGGUCGUCUGGCAAUGGAUGAAAUUUUCCAAAAACCUUUCCAGACGCUUAUGUUUCUGGUUCGAGAUUGGAGUUUCCCUUAUGAAUAUGGUUAUGGACUACAAGGAGGGAUGGCAUUUUUGGAUAAACGUUUACAGGUGAAAGAACAUCAACAUGAAGAAAUUCAGAAUGUUCGAAAUCAUAUUCACUCAUGUUUCUCCGAUGUCACCUGCUUUCUCUUACCACAUCCAGGACUCCAGGUGGCCACGAGCCCUGACUUCGAUGGGAAAUUGAAAGAUAUUGCUGGUGAUUUCAAAGAGCAGUUGGAGGCACUGAUUCCAUAUGUAUUAAACCCAUCUAAGUUAAUGGAAAAGGAGAUCAACGGCUCAAAGGUCACCUGCCGGGGACUGUUGGAGUAUUUUAAGGCAUAUAUUAAAAUUUAUCAAGGAGAAGAUCUGCCUCAUCCCAAAUCCAUGCUGCAGGCCACCGCUGAAGCCAACAAUUUAGCAGCUGCAGCCUCUGCCAAGGAUGUUUAUUACAACAGCAUGGAAGAGGUUUGUGGUGGGGAGAAGCCUUAUUUAUCUCCAGACAUUUUAGAGGAGAAGCACUGUGAAUUCAGACAGCUUGCUCUGGACCAGUUUAAGAAGACCAAGAAGAUGGGUGGGAAGGAUUUCAGUUUUCGUUAUCAGCAAGAGCUGGAGGAGGAAAUCAAGGAACUCUAUGAAAACUUCUGCAAACACAAUGGCAGCAAGAAUGUCUUCAGCACCUUCCGAACCCCUGCAGUGCUGUUCACGGGCAUCGUGAUUUUGUAUAUAGCCUCUGGCCUCACUGGCUUUGUGGGUCUUGAGGUUGUGGCCCAGCUGUUCAACUGCAUGGUUGGCCUACUGUUAAUAGCGCUGCUCACUUGGGGGUACAUCAGGUAUUCCGGUCAGUACCGUGAGCUGGGCGGAGCUAUUGAUUCUGGCGCUGCAUAUGUGUUAGAGCAGGCUUCUUCCCACAUCGGCAAUUCUACUCAGGCUGCUGUGAGGGAUGCAGUUGUUGGGCGGUCUCCUGCAGAUAAGAAAGCUCAGUAGCCGAAACCUGAGGACCCAGCAAGAGCCCGAGCAGCCCCUAGAACCUCCGUUUCUGCCAUGGCCACAGGUCCAGGUCUAGAGAAGCAGCGGACCUGAGACCAUCCAGGAGAGCUGCAGCGGCAGGACACUGUAAUAAACGAGCUGACCUCCUCCGUGGCUGCUUCUUAAACAUGCUUCCAUUUCUGUUGGAAGUGUUCUUUUUCUUUGCUGUUAGAUCCAAACUUAGGCCUGUUACCUUAUUACGCUCUGCUUUGUGCACUUUAUGGGAGAAAAAGUAAAAGGAAAACAUGGAAUUGCAGCUUUUAAGUCUCUUAUGUGCCACCUAGUGCCUUUUCAGAUGAAAUCUGUGCUUUUUGUGGACUAACGGGGAGGGUGGAGGAUAACCUGAUGAAAUAUGCUGAUCAGAGGUGAGACUCAGCAGUUCCCUUACACGUUCCUCUUAAGAAUUCCUUUUUUAAAAGUUUACAAAACUUGGGAAAACUUCAAAACUAAAGAUGAACUGCAAUUAUGCCAUUAUACUUUAAAGACCUUAUUUGGAAUGCUGGUGUUCUGUUUGUCAUGGACUGUGGGAAACCAUGUAUGUUAAUGUACCGUUCUCUGAGAUGGAAGGGCUUUUACUUGAUCCACAGCAGUUUUAUUGAACCUGGUCUCUUGUCUGUCUGUCUCUCUGUCUUCCUCUCUCUCUCUCUCUCUCUCUUUUUUUUUUUUUGGUUAUUAUAGCUUCUUUUCAGAAAAGAGGCAAAUGUGCCUUGGAAGGCCAGAGUGGCUCAUAAUGGAAGGAAUGAAUUACUAUAAGAAAAAACUGAAUUUGAAUGAACGUGGGACCUCUAAUAAAUUGAAUGUGUGCCUCUGUCAGAGCCACCAUGGGUUUCUGUAUGUUUAUAUGUUACAACUCUCAUAAUUUGCCAUUUGACAGCUUUUUUUUUUGAGAAUUCUGUGUAAGUACAAGACUUUACUAAGGGUUAGAGAAAAGACAUUACCAGAUUUUACUGCCUUUGGUUAAUCUCUUAUUUCAUGUGGCCUACCACUAGUUAGUAAAUAGCCCACUUAAGGUCCCUGCUAAAACUGUAUUUUUAUUCUCUGUGCAUUGAUGUUUUUGAUGAAACUAAAGUCAUUUAAUGACUCUUCUUUUAGAUUUACAAUCUGGUAGCUUUAAAACAACUUUGGUUUAGGAAGGACCAGUGCCUUACCCAAAUGUAGACAGUAUCUAGAAGCAUCUAAAAAUUCUUUCUGAAAAAAUUUACUAUGAUUGUGUGAUUAAAAAACUGUAUGUUAGUUGCUUUUUCCUUUGAUUUAUAAUGGUGAGUUCUUAUAAAUUUUAAAGCUUACUGAAAUUUUCCUGCCAGUAUUUAUAUAAAUAUUCAGGUAUCUGAGCCUUUUUAUUUUGAAAUAAUUUGAAUGUUGUUGUGGAAGGGAAAUAGGGCUUAGACAGAAUCUUUGUAUGAAUUUCAUAUACAUGGAAUAUGAAUAGAAGGUAGGAAAAAGAAAGUCUCUUCUAGCAUUUAAUCUGUUUCUCAGAGAAUUUUCUUUUGACUAACACUAUACCACGCAAGUAUUUCGUAGUCUUUAAUUAAUUCUAAGCAUUUUAUAUAUUUUUCUAUUUAUCUCCCUAAAGUGCCUGAUAUUUUAUUCACUUUUUGUUACAUUUAGAAAAAUUUCGGCUUGUUCUAGAAACUGUUCACUUGCUUAUGAACGAAGCCAGGCUUUGAGCUAAUGAACUGAAACUUGCCUUUGGAAUGUUGGUGCCUUUUCAAGUGGCUUUUCAUCUCUGUGAAGGUUCCUUCUUGCUGGCAGCCUGCACAGAUACUGAGAUACUUAGUUUUAAGACAUUUUGUAAGUAAAUUUAUGAGUUUCAGAAUAAUUGUCCAAAAUGGUUCCACAAAAAUAGAUAUAACUAAAUUUCAUCCUAAAACUAAAAUGUUAGGUGUUUAAAGAAAGUGAACUUACGAUUUUGUAGUUUUAGGAUGGUGUUAACUUUAAUUUGAACACUUCUGUUCUUGUUUUAUAAAUUUAUACAAGCUUGGUUUAAUAACUUCAGGGGAGCUCACCCCUUUGUGUGGGUUGUUUUUUGUUUUUUGGGGUUUUUUUUUUGAUACUGGGAAUUGAACUAGAACCUUGUGUUUCCAGGCAGGCGCUGUGCCGCUGAGCUAUAUUCCCAGGCUCUCUCGUCUUUAUGAUUUCUUCUGCCUCUGAAAAGUGGUUAUAAAGUUCUUCGGCCUCUUUUCUGUUUUAAUAGUAGUUAGAUAAUUUUAUAUCAGCUUUUCCAAUGAAAAAUAGCCUCUCAUCACUGGCUAUAGAUAGUACUGGCAGAUUUAUUUGCAGGUUAUGAAGAAUACUUUUGCCUGUUAUCUUCUCUAGCCUUUCUUUGUGGGUCAAGGACAUUGUAUGGAAGACAGACUGCAGAUACUUGCUGCUCUGGCAGUUGCAGGGCACCUUCCACAUCGUUAAUCUGCACAGUCAGACAAUAUAUGGGACAAUAUAUGGGCAAUAUAUGGAACACACUUCAAUUUACAUACAUGGAGAUUUAAAAAAUUUCCAGGGCCAGGGGUUUAGCUUAGUGGUGUAAGUGCCUGCUUGGCAAAUGUGAGGUCAUGAGUUCGAUCCCUAGUACCAAAAAUAAAAAAAUUUUUUUCAGUAAAAUAACUUUUUAACAGAAGUUAAUCAGAGAUGUGCACCUGUAAUCUCAGCACUGGGGAUCUGAGGCCAUCCUGGGUUACAAAGCGAGUUCCAAGCCAGUCUGAACUGCAUAGUGAAAGCUUGUCUCCAAAAAAGAUUGACAAGUUUUUUUUUUUUGGUGCCGGGGAUUGAAUAAGAUUGACAAAUUUUUUAAAAAGUACUUCCAAUUUGUUUCUUAUAGUAAAAAUAAUAAAAUUAAAAGCUUUUAUUCUUUCCCUGAGAAAUCUCCCUAGAUUAGGCUUAGAAAUGGUGAGGACAAACUACCGAGUUAUGAUCAAGUAUCUUUAGAAUUUUUUUUCUUUUUUCUGGGCCAGGGUCUCACUAUGUGGUUCAGACUGUCCUUGAACUCACUCUGUAGCCCAGACUGGCCUCAGACUGGCAGCAGUCCUUUUGCCUCAGCUUCCAAGUGCUGGCAUUACAGCAUGUGCCACCAUACCCAGCUACAAUCAUUUUUCAAAAGCAAUUUGCCAAAAAUUCUGUUUGUUCAUGUUGUUUUUUUAAAAAAAAUUUUAUUUUAGUACACAGGGUCUUGCUCUGUACUUCAGGCUGACCUUGAGUGCUGGAAUUACAGGCAUCUGCUACUGUGCCUGGCCUGUGGAAAUUUAUGUUUGGAUACUUUAAACUUGGUAAAAUGCCAAUGAAUAUUGUCUCUGUUUUACUCCUGUUCUUUUUUUUCUCUUACUUUGGGCAAAUAAAUAAAAACACUGCCUUGUGCUUACAGUUUCCCUGGCAGGUCACACACAGUAUUCUACCUGGCUUACAAAUUUGGUACUUUGGGUAGGGUUAAUUUGGUAAGUAAAUAUGAAUUACAGAGAAUUAGGUUGAUUUCAUCCCUGGCAAAAGCAUAAAAGAAUUUGUUUUCCUAGGAUUUAAUUUUAAAAAUGAUGGAACUUACAUAGAAGUCAUCGUGAUACUACUUUCCUUUCCUUUUCUCUUUUCCUUUUUUUUCUUUCUUUCUUGGCAGGGUAUCAUUAUCUAGCCCAGGCUCCAGCUUGUGGCCAUUCUCCUGCCUCAGCCUCCCAAGUGCUGAUACUAUAGGAAUAUUCCACUGCCCUUGGCUGUCGUGUUUGUUUCUUUAGAACUGUUGGAUAUAAUUUUGGAUGAUUUAAUGUUUCUAUUGAAAGAAGUCAACAUGAUCCAAUAAAACUUUAUUCUGGAUAAGAAAUAUGAAGAUAAGGUUCAAUUUUACAACUAUAUGAGGUUAACUUUGUUUUUUGGUACCAGGAAUGGCACUCUUGACCUCAUGCUUGCCAAGCAGGCAUUGUGGCACUGAGCUGUAUCCCUGGCCCAGUGUGGUUACCUUUUUAAAAUGUCAUGAUAAAAGACAUUUGUAGCUGACUAGUUGUCCUCACGAUAGGUCAUGCUGCAGUCCCACUUUGGGCAAUAAUUCUCAUUUAUUUACCUUGGGGUACAUUAGACUUAACUAGGAGGUUUAUUCAAAAAUUCAGAUUCCCAGAGCAUGUCUCAGGUGGUCUGGGCCAGGGCCCUGAAAUCUUCACUUUUAUAAAUGUCAUUGUCAGUGAUUCAGAGACAGCAGAGGGACAGCGACUCCAGGAGGUGGGAGUUAGCAGUGAGAAAGUGCCAUUCAGUAUUGUCCGAGGCAAGUGGGCAGCUUUUACCUGAGAUUCAGGCGGGCGGUCUACUGUCAGGUGAGACCACCGCCUGUCUCCUGUGGUCAGUAAUGUGCCUUUGCUCCAGAGGAUUGUCUAAGCUCCUACAAGUCUGUUUCACAAACGGUCAUGGUGCCUUCUAGAGAAAAAGAAUUAGCAAGUAUUGUUUAUUAGCAGAUGUAAUUAGCGUUUUAAGGAAAGGCAAUUUUGAUAGCUGUUUUUUUUAAAGCCAAAUUAAGUACUAUGACUCAAAUCUCUAAAUCUUCCCCACAGAGAAAACCUUAAACUGCAAAUGCAAUGAACAAAAAGGAAGGAAGGACUGUAACUUGGAUAAUUAGUGCCCUAAGUACCCUGUCACAGGUACUUUUCAAGAUAGAUCUAAAGGCAGAAAAGUUGUGAAAGAAACUCUAUUUGGGAAGGAAUUUCAUGCACCUGGCUGAAUACUGCUUUUCCACCCAAAGGGAGGUUAUACUGAUUCCCAAAGCUUUCUAACUCAGAUGAGUAAGUGCUAUCCUGAGAUAAGCCUUAAAGGACUUAAAUCUUGAACAAAUACAUAUUUUCCGGAGUUUUCCUUCAGUUUUCUUAACAAAAGGUCGUAAAAGUACUUUCUGCUAUACCUUUGCCUUUGAAUAGCUUUAAAUUUUAAUAUAGUUUUUUUAAAAUGCAGUGGGAUGCGAUUAUGCUCUAGUAUGUUAAAAGCAUGUUUCUGUUUCACCUAUAAGAUCAUUUAAUGGAAUAAAGAUCACAGCACCAUA